GAGACUGAAGGUUGCUUUUCAGCGAUUAUCAGUCAUGGCUUUCUCAAAGAAAGCACUUGUUUAUUGCUGGAUUUCAAUUGUUUUGAUACCGCUUACAACUUGUAAGGAUGAACCAGAAGAAAGUGGACAGAAGAAAUAUGAGUAUGGAAGGAGAAUUUUGGAAAUUCAUGGGGGAAUAGUGUAUGAGUUUGUUCAGGAAUCCAUGCCAUGGGCUGAAGCCCAAAAGAGCUGUGAAAAUCAAGGAGGACAUCUUCUGAGGGACUUGGAUGUUGAAAUUAAGGAGCUCCUACUAACCCAGUCCACAGAAACUGGACCGUGGUGGGUCAGUCGGGAGUUGAUGUACAAAAAUUCCAUCAGCGGAUUUGAACCUGUCUCAUAUUCCCCUGGCAAAAAUGCUGGCAGUGAUGUCAAUAAAGAUCACUUGGCUUGCACCUAUAUGGUCAAAGAUCCAUUUCAGCUGGUGACCACACCCAACUGCAGUAUGAGCUUUAGCUCCCUCUGCACACGAGAUUUAAAUAAACAUCUGACAUCAAGCAAAGCAAACAAAAGGAGCCGCAGAAGUCUUACUGACACUUUAACAUCACUGACAACCAAUAUAGGAAAUACUGCUGCGCUUUUGGAGAAUGCCAAAAACAUAUUGAAGGAUUUGGAGACAACAACAGAAGAACUAACAAAGGACAACAAGAUCAAAUAUCUGCAAAACCUAUAUGAUCACCUCCUGAAGGGCACUACAGUGGAUCCAGUCCAACUUGAUGAAAUUAUGAACAGCACUGCAGCCAUGCUUUUGUACUCACAAGAGUGUGAACCUGACAACAUGGAUGAUCUUGAGGACCUCAUCACUCUUGCUGGCCUAAUUUACGGGAAGGCUCUAGCUACUAAUGGUGACAUUGUCAAGGAACUUCCAACAGGCACCAUUUAUGUCACCAGGCAAGAUUCAAGUACCCUGGGUGGAAAAGCGGUUGGCUCAGUCGAUGGAGGAUUUUGCCAACUUCCGUCUCUUUCUGCAAUGAGUAGUCAGCUGCCCACUGGGAAUGUCAAUGUUCAGCUCUUCCAAUUUAAAGAGAAUCCACUGGAAUCAAGGUCCAACGAAAGCAUCACUGGAACAACUUGCAGCUUUUCUUUGCAGAAUGGAAGCAAUCCACUCAAAUUUUCAAAUCUUCCAGAGAAUAUUGAGAUAUAUCUGCCUCGGCCUGAAGCUGAUGAGCCUGAAGUUGUAGAUAUAGCCUGGAAACCAGGGUUUACCAUCAACUCAAAAUUCAACAUCUCAGACGUAAAUGUGACUGUGGUUGUUACAGCAACACCAAGUCAAAACGUAACUCUAGGUUUUACUUUGUACCCACCAGAGGAGGCAAACGCCACCCAUUUAAAUCAAAGCACUAAUGUAACCUACAAAGACAAUUAUCGCUGGCUGAUCACCCCUGAAAUGAGAAGGGGAAUUGAGGGGGGCUGGAAGGUGGCAGUACAACCAAUUGAUCAUUCCUCAAGUGUAUCGGUGACCUUUAAAGUCUCAGUUUUUGUAACCAAGUGCCUGUUUUGGGACACCGAACUUGAUGCCUGGAGUAGAGAGGGCUGCAUGGUUGGUCAAAAUACAAUGCCGAACCUAACUCACUGUUUGUGCAACCACACAACGUUCUUUGGGAGCUCCUUCUUUGUGAUGCCCAACAGAGUUGAUUUAUCCCAGACGGCAGCUUUGUUUGCCACAGUUAAAGAGAACUAUAUAGUGGUGGUUUUACUCAGCUGCUUCUUUGCCCUCUACCUGGUGGUUGUAAUGUGGGCCUGGUAUGCAGACCGCAAAGCACUCAGAACGCGUAAGAUGACUCUGUUGGAGGACAGUCAUCCAUGUGCCCUGUACAAUUACCUUGUGAAUGUGCAAACAGGCCACAGAAGAGGGGCUGGCACCACUGCGAAGGUAAUGGUGACCCUCCAGUUCACAGAUGGGCAAAGUGAACCUUUCAAUUUGUCUGACCCUGAGAAGCCAGUGUUUGAGAGGGGAGGGGUGGAUGUGUUCAUACUCAGUAUGCCUUUCUCUCUUGGAGAACUGCAGAGCAUUGACAUAUCGCAUGACAACUCAGGUGGAAGCCCUGACUGGUACUUAGACAGAAUCACGGUACAGGAUUUACAGACACAGGAGGUCACACACUUUCUGUGCUCCACCUGGCUGAGAAGUGAAAUGUGCAAGAGGACUUUCAACUCAGCCAACAUGAAUGAAAUUGCAAGCUUUGGUAAUAUCUUCCAGACCCGAACAUCUUCUGGCUUCCGGGAUGAGCACAUCUGGGUGUCAGUCGUCGACCCCCCACGGCGCAGUCCUUUUACACGUGUUCAGAGGGUGUCGUGCUGCAUGUCUCUGCUGCUCUGCACUAUGGCCAUUAACAUCAUGUUCUGGAACCUUCCUAUUGACGAAGAGUCUCCUGUCCUUUUAAAGAUAGGCUCUUUUGAACUGACAUGGCAGGAGUUCAUGGUAGCCAUAGAGAGCGGCCUUUUUAUGUUCCCCAUCAACAUCCUGAUCAUUACUAUCUUCAGACACAUCAAACCACGCAUUCUCCCUAACAAAGACCAGGCUGCCACCUCCAAGAAAACACCAGCAGCUGCUGCUGUGUCUAUGAACACUAUCAUAAAGGAAACCAUAGGACUGUUAAACCAUCUGAGCAAAAGUCCGAAAAACAUGCUGUCUGCAAAAGAGAUACGGCCGGAGACCAGUGGUGAUCUUUUCUGGGCCUUGAGUAAAGUGAAUGACGUCCUUCAGAUUAUGCAAGUGGAAAAUGUUGGUGAUCCUCACUGGUCGUACUGCAGCCGCUUUGUGUUCUAUUCUCUGAGCCACAUUUCUAACCUACUGGAGCAUGUGGGAGAAAAGGGCUAUUUCCUUAAUGAGGAGCUUCAGCAGGCACGGGGGACGGUCAGUGUUCUGCUGAAGAAGGCUGAAAUGGCUUCUCUCCAGCACGUUUCCCAAAGCCAACCAUUUGUGCAAGUACAGAAGAAGAAACAGGGUUGGUGGUUGCCUUGGUGGUUUCUGUUUAUUGGCUGGGUCCUGCUUUUUGCCAUGAGUGGUAUUUCCACCUUCUUCACCCUGCUUUAUGGCUUCCAGUACGGAAGGGAGUCUUCCAUCCAGUGGGUCAUCACUCUUACAUUAUCUCUUGUCCAAAGCAUCUUCAUCUUGCAGCCCCUUAAGGUAAUAUUUGUGGCUAUCUUCUUUGCCAUGAUCCUGAGGCCAGUAGCUGUGGAGAACAAUGAGGAAGUCGAACUGCUCCUGCAGGAGCAAAAGGAAAAAUGUGAGGAAUACGCUGGGAGGUCAAUAUCCUGAUUACAUCUCACCUCAGACUCAAAUUGUAAAGGAAGACGCUUGAUUGGAGAAGUCAUCAAACUCACCCAGUUUUAUUCUAGAUUUUGGUGUCGGGAACAGAGGAUGCCAUUUUUAUGUCUAUAAUCCAUUUGUGUAGGCAGACUUUAUUUUACAUGUUAAUAUUUUAGUAACUAAUGCUAUGUGUACAGAACUUUGUAUCAAAAAGUGGUUUACUCUAUACUGUUACAAUAACAAUGGUGUAUAGUUUAGCACACUCCAGUUAUUUACUUUUUGUUUUUCUGAUCAAAUUAGAAAACAAAAGUGGGUUUUCUAAUAGGCAAUAAUGUCACUUAACAGCCAUUUCAACUGUCAUAUUGAGAUUCAAACUACUUUAUUUUAAAAAUUACUGUCUGACAAUACACAUUUACAUUUUAGUGGGCAGUGUCAUUCUAUACAUUUUUGGUUAAUUUACUACAAGAGCAAAUUUUGGUAACUGUUCAGUAAAUAGUACCACUGUG